CCCUCCCCGGGCAUCACAGCUGCCAGCUCUGGGGAAGGCAGGAAGGAGAGGUGGAGAUGGGGACAGCAAGGUGGGUCCCCCCACCAGGCAUGCUCUGGAGGGCCCCAAAAGCAACACUGUCUUCUGCCAGGGCAUGUGGGACAACAGGGCUGGGGUCUGUCCCCAGCCCCACACAUCCCAAAAGCGACCUGGCUGUGCCAGUGGGGUCUGUCUCUGCCACCGUCUGGUGCAUUUUGGGAACCCUCUACAGGGAUGCUGUCACAGUAGCUCAAGCUCAGGCUCCAAGCAUCCUUGUUUUGAGGGAGGAUUGUCUUGGAAUCAGACCAGGGCAGGGCACCGUGAUGGGAGUGGGGUGAGAGUGGGGAUGGUGCCUUCAUCCCAGCUGGGAAACCUCCCUAUCCACCUUUGCUGCUCCACCGAGGGGGAAGGGGAGUGGGGAACUGCUCUAGGGGAUGGGUGCCCCCCACUCAAAGCCCAAGCCCCUUGCGGUGCCCUGCUGGGUGCUGCUGUCGCAGAAGACAUGUGGCCAGACCUCGUGGCAGGUGUUGGCUGCGCUUUGCCCUGGGGACAAGGUGCAGCGGGUGUGCUGGCACCCAGCAGUCACACCCCGGCCCUGCGCCCCAUGGCAUCUGAGGGACAGAGCUAUGGCCUGCCUAGCACCCAUGGGUGACGCUGGAUGCCUCCAUCCAUCUGCUAGGGAGAGCAGCUGGCACCAGGCAAGAGGGAACCGUCUGGGAGCUCUGCUGCUGCUCAGCAACAGGCAGAGCCAUUUGUUGCGGGCAGGCAGGAGCCAGGCUGCUGCCUGUGCUCUGCCUGCACACCAGAGUCCCUGCCUGCCGCACGCCUGUCGCUAGUCCCGGAUGGCCACCCCUUGCCCACAAUGGCUGUGGCAUGUGAAAAAACAAGCGUGGCCACGCAGUUGCUCAGCUGAGGUGUCAGGAAGAGCAUUUUGGGGGAUGCUCGUGGUGGGGAUGACAUGGGAACAAGGACAGGGAUGAGGACAGGUAGUCUGGCAGCACCCAUGGGUGCCUCCACGGCUGCCGGGCAGGAGUCGAGGGGAAGCGUGGUGCUGCUGGGGUUGGUGCUGCCCUUUUGCCGUGCUGGGACCCUGCCUAACCCCACCAGCAUCGGGACUUGUGGCCGUGGCACUGGCUGGUGGCCACCUGGUGGGCAUGGCGAUGCCAUCCCACUGGGCUUGGGAAGCUCCAGCAGCCCUGGUGUGCUGCCGCACAGGGUUUUGUCACUGGCACUAAGGAGGAUGGAUGUCACUGGGUCUCUGCUUGGGAUCUCCCUGAUUAAACGGGAAAGCUGGCAUGGGAGGGAGGUGGCCGGGUGCUGCCGGGGCGCUGCUGGGUGGGCGCCCUCCGGGCGUGGCAUGCCAUGGGCGGCAGGGUGCUGCUAUGGGGGACUGCUCCCCGCAAGGGAGCCCCAGGCCUUGGGGCCACUCCCACUGACUUGCGGGGGAGGGAUUUGUGCCCCACAAAUGCAUGUGGCAGAUGCUACAUCUCCAUGGCAACCCUGACCCCAUUUUGGGGUGCUGCCCCAUCUCUACGGCAACCCUGAGCCCCUUUUGGGGUGCUUCCCUCUCUCUAUAGUAACCCUGACUGUAUUUUGGGGUGCUGCCCCCUCUCUAUAUCCUGACCAUAUUCUGGGGUGCUGCCCCAUCUCUGUGGCAACCCUGAGCCCCUUUUGGGCUGCUGCCUGUCUCUGUGUUAACCCUCAGCCCCGGUUUUGGGGUGCUGCCCUCUGCCUCUGCCAGCCCCAACCCCCCUUUAGGGCGCGGCCCCGUCCCUACGAUAACCUCGACCUCAUCUCAGGGCGCUGCCCCCUCUCUGUGGGCACCCCCCUAUUGAUCCCCCCUCGCCUUUUGGGGGUGCUACCCCCCCCCCCGUCUCCAUGGAAAACCCGAGCCCGUUUCGGGGCGCUGCCCGUCUCCAUGGCAACGCCGGCGCCGCCGGGCGGGAAGGGGCGGGAGGCGGCGGCGGGAGCCCGGCCCGGCCCCGCUCCCGGCCCCCGGCCCCGGCCCCGGCCCCGCUCGCCUCCUUCCGCCGUGCCGGUGGCUGCGGCCGGGCCCCGGCGGGGCCGAGCCGCCGCGAUGUCGGACCCGAGCUGCUGGGGAGCCGCCCCGCCCGGUUACCGGGGCCAGCGGGCCGCCGGCGCCCUGCUCCAGCGCUCCAAGAGCUGCCGAAGCAGCAAUAGGAAGAGCUUAGUGGUGGGCACCCCCUCUCCGACCCUCUCACGGCCACUCUCCCCACUCUCCGUGCCGACAGCCGGGAGCAGCCCCUUGGACAGCCCACGCAACUUCUCCGCCAGCACCUCCAUCAACUUCCCCUUUGCUCGCAGCCAUGCUCCUCGGACUGACAGGGCUGAUGGCAGAAGGUGGUCACUGGCUUCGCUCCCCUCCUCUGGCUAUGGGACCAACACCCCCAGCUCCACUGUCUCGUCGUCUUCAUCCUCCCAGGAGCGCCUGCACCAGCUGCCGUACCAGCCCACCCCUGACGAGCUGCAUUUCCUUUCUAAGCAUUUCCGCAGUACGGAGAGCGUCACGGAUGAGGAGGGGCGGCACUCGCCCUGCCUGCGCCCACGAUCCCGGAGCCUCAGCCCUGGACGGACGAGUGGAACGUUUGAUAAUGAGGUUGUGAUGAUGAACCAUGUCUACAAGGAGAGGUUCCCCAAGGCCACGGCCCAAAUGGAAGAGCGUCUGCAGGACACCAUCACAAACUUCUCUCCGAGCAGCACUCUGCCACUGGCAGAUGGGGUGCUGGGCUUCAUCCACCACCAAAUCAUUGAGUUGGCCCGCGACUGCCUGGCCAAAUCCCAGGGAGCUCUCAUCACCUCCCGCUACUUCAUGGAGCUGCAGGAGAAACUGGAAAAGAUGCUCCGAGAUGCUCAGGAGCGUUCAGAGAGUGAGGAAGUGAAGUUCAUCGACCAGCUGGUGAGGAAGCUGCUGAUCAUCAUCUCCCGUCCGGCUCGCCUUCUGGAGUGCCUGGAAUUUGACCCAGAGGAAUUUUACCAUCUCCUGGAAGCUGCAGAGGGACAUGCCAAAGUUGGCCAGGGAAUUAAAACCGAUAUUCCCCGAUACAUCAUCAGCCAACUGGGGCUUGUCAAGGACCCACUGGAGGAAAUGGUCCAGCUGGAUCACUUCGACAGCGGGAACACCAUCACACCAGAGAAUGAUGAUGCCAGUGAGAGCCAGCCUUCAGCCACCAUUCCUCGGAGGAAGCCCUGUGAGGGGGACUUUGAGACCAUCAAGCUAAUCAGUAACGGGGCUUAUGGGGCCGUGUACCUGGUGAGGCACAGGGAGACACGGCAGCGCUUCGCCUUGAAGAAAAUCAACAAGCAGAACCUCAUCCUGAGGAACCAGAUCCAGCAGGUGUUUGUGGAGAGGGACAUCCUCACCUUCGCGGAGAACCCCUUUGUGGUCAGCAUGUUCUGCUCCUUCGAGACGAAGCGACAUCUCUGCAUGGUGAUGGAGUAUGUGGAAGGGGGGGAUUGUGCCACAUUACUGAAGAACAUGGGCCCUCUGCCUGUCGACAUGGCGAAGAUGUACUUUGCCGAGACCGUUCUUGCGCUGGAGUAUCUCCACAACUAUGGCAUCGUCCACCGGGACCUCAAACCUGACAAUUUGCUUAUCACCUCCAUGGGCCACAUAAAGCUGACAGACUUCGGUCUGUCAAAGAUCGGCUUGAUGAACAUGACCACCAACCUCUAUGAAGGGCAUAUGGAGAAGGACACUCGGGAGUUCAUGGACAAGCAGGUGUGUGGCACUCCGGAGUACAUCGCCCCAGAAGUCAUUCUCAUACAGGGCUAUGGGAAGCCUGUUGACUGGUGGGCCAUGGGCAUCAUCCUCUACGAGUUCCUGGUGGGCUGCGUCCCCUUCUUUGGAGACACCCCCGAGGAGCUCUUUGGGCAGGUCAUCAGUGAUGAAAUUAUGUGGCCGGAAGGGGACGAGGCUCUGCCCAUGGAUGCCCAGGAUCUGAUCAUGCGGUUGCUGAGACAGUGUCCCCUCGAGCGCUUGGGCACUGGGGGGGCACACGAGGUGAAGCACCAUUCCUUCUUCCUUCACCUGGACUGGAACGGGCUGCUGCGGCAGAAGGCCGAGUUCAUCCCCCAGCUGGAGUCAGAGGAUGACACCAGCUACUUUGACACUCGCUCUGAGAGGUACCGCCACUUGGAUUCGGAGGAUGAAGAAACCAACGACGAGGAAUCAUCUGUGGAGAUCGGACAGUUCUCCUCCUGCUCUCAUCGCUUCAGCAAGGUGUACAGCAGCUCCGAAUUCCUGGCAGCUAACUCCAACCUCAGCCUCUCAUCCUCCGACCGCAGUCACAGUGAGGACAAGGAGGAGCGAUGGGACAGGCACUCAGGAGAUGAGGACAGGAGCCGGCUGGUGGGCACAGAGCCCCGGCUCCGCUCCUGGACAUCCUGCAGCUCCACACCAUACACCUCCUGGCACGAGCGAAGCCGCAGCCCCGCCGCGCUGCCCAGCACCUACAGCCUGGACACCAUGCCCAAGUUUGCCUUCUCCUCAGAGGAUGAAAGCCCUUGUGUGGUGUCUUCCAAGCCGGAGAGACCCAAAUUUGUGCUGGGAGACCCUGACGCAGGGACCGGCAGUGUGGUGAAGCCGUUAGCAUUAUCUGCCGAUCUUGUCAGCCUGAACCGUAUCCGCCUCCGGAGCAACAGCACCGGCACCAAAAACUCGACUCCCCGGGGUCUGGAGCCGGGCGGGAGCCAUCGGCUGAGCGGCAGGAAGGACGUGCCGGACAGGCAGAGAGCCUCGCCUGGCAGCCGUGUCCCCAAAUCUGCCUCCGUCUCAGCUCUGUCCCUCAUCAUCACAUCAGAUGACUUCAGCAGCAGCGCCCUGAUGAGCCCCAUCUCCCCCCACUCCCUCUCAUCCAACCCCUCUUCCCGUGACUCCUCCCCGAGCCGAGAUUCAUCCCUCACCAUCACCAGCCUGCGGCCCCCCAUCAUCAUCCACAGCUCGGGCAAAAAGUACGGCUUCACCCUGCGAGCCAUCCGCGUCUACAUGGGGGACAGCGACGUCUAUACUGUCCACCAUAUGGUCUGGAGCGUGGAAGAGGGGAGCCCUGCGCAGGAAGCGGGGCUGAGAGCGGGUGAUCUCAUCACACAUGUGAACGGCGAGUCAGUGCUGGGUUUGGUUCACCGGGAUGUCGUGGAGCUGCUGCUGAAGAGCGGAAAUAAAGUGGCCCUGCGGACCACCGCGCUGGAGAACACCUCCAUUAAAAUCGGCCCCGCUCGGAAAAACAGCUCCAAGACGAGGAUGGCACGGAGGAGUAAGAAGAGCAGGAAGAGGGAUGGCCAGGACAGGAGGAAAUCCCUUUUCAAGAAGAUCUCCAAGCAGUCAUCAGUCCUGCACACCAGCCGCAGCUUCUCCUCUGGUCUCCAUCACUCACUGUCCUCCAGCGAGAGCCUUCCUGAGUCCCCCACGCACAGCCUGUCCCCGGGUCCUGCGACACCCUGCCGCAGCCCCGCGCCUGACCUGCCCCCAGAUGCUGUGUCCCCGCAGAGCACCUCUCCCGCCUCCAGUACCCCAACAUCACCUGCUGGCCACGUGCGCCCCAGCUCCCUGCACGGGCUGGCACCCAAACUGGGUGGGCAACGCUACAAAGUGGGACGUCGCAAAUCCACCAGCAGUAUCCCCCCCUCACCCCUCGCCUGUACCCCUUCCUCUGCCCAGCGCCCACCUUCUCCCCAACGCUCCCCAUCUCCGCUCCCCGGGUACCCCAAACCCCCCCAUUCCUUCCAGGGCAAGACCCUGUCCCCCCCAACCAUCGUCCGGCAGAGCUCACGACCCCGCAGCGCUGACUGCCCCCGCUCCCCCCUCCUCAAACGCGUCCAGUCGGCCGAGAAGAUCGUCACCAUCCUGGCGGAGAAGAAAAGCGGUGGCCGCAAGCUGGGGAUGGAGAUGCCUGCGGCAGAUGGGGAGGCCACUGGGGAGGGCGAAGUGCCGCUAUACCCCGGGGAGCAUGGUUACCACCCUGCUGCCUCCCGCCUGGGGGAAAGGCACGACCGGGACCAGGAGGUGGUGGUCAUGCGGCGCUUGAACCUCUCCGAGCGCCGGGACUCCUUCAAGAAGCAAGAAGCAGUUCAAGAAGUGAGUUUCGAUGAGCCGGAGCCAGUGCCGGCAAGCGAAGAUGGCAGCAAGAGCGAAGCCGGGCAGGGCACGGCUCUCCAGUGUGGUGGCAUGGGCAGCACAGAGCCAAAGCCCAAGCCCAGCCCCGUGCCGCAGAUCGCGGUGCAGGGAUCCGAGAGCGAUGAGCAGGAGCCGGUGGUGGCCGAGUGGGAAUGCCAGGGCUCCUACCCCGUCAGCAGCGCCGAGCAGCCGGCUGGCAGCACCCCUGCCCCACGGUGGGAUGGAUGCAAGCAUCGGGACCGUGGCUCCCAGCAGCACUGGAACUGCGGGGAGGGAACAACUGGAGCAACUGGUCCUUGGCAGCUGCCACGGGUGCUGCCAGCAUGGGGCCAGGAGCCGGGGGGUCCUCAGCUCUCUGUACCCCGCGGCAGCACAUGGAGUGGGGCUGAGCACACCUGAGCCCCAUGCCAGCAUCUGGGGAUAGUUCUGGCUCCCCAUGGAAUCCCACCUCCCUGAAAAACCCAUUCCACGCGACAUAUCCAUGAGAGACACGUCCCCGGAGCCAUUUUGGAUGUCGGCGCUGGCCGGGUUGGCUGCGCCCUGGCACUUCACCUCCCCCGAAGGCUUUUUGUACUCCCUGAAAGAUGCUCAUAUUUUUAUAGAGACGCAGGAGCUCUUCCGGCGGUGGCAUUUCCCUGGCAGGGCCCCAGCCUCUGUGUAUAGAAAGGACUUGAUGCAAAUAUUCAUUAAUUAAUUUAUUACUUUUUAUAAGCUAAAUGGGCAGUGCAGGACUGUCGCAGGGUCCCACCUGGCCCCGGGGGGUCCCAGGCUUUUCCAUGCAUCUAUCUCCCAGGCAGAUGACACACUGUUUUCCAACCUUGCAAAGACCCACUUGUUUUUUUCCCCUCUUUUUAACUUCAGUUUUAGCUGGAAACACCCCAAAUCUCCUAAGAAACCCCUGUUGGGGUUAUAAUUCUAAUAUUUUUUUAAAAAAAAGUUAAACCAAAAAGCCCAAACCUACAGCAACAUCCCCCAAAUGCUGGCGGUCCAAGCUGGGAUGCAUAGGGGUGAUUUUAUUUGCAUAUGAGUCAUUUUAUAAGCGUGCAGCAGAUGUAAAGCUUUUAAUAUUUUUAUUUGGAGCCUUUUGGAGCCACUUGGCUCCAUCAGCCCUUCCAGGUGGGAAAAGCAGAGACCUCCCCAUGGGGUCAGCAAUGGAUGCAAGUAUUAACAGGAUUUUUAGGGUCGGUUUUUGCUCUUUGCAUUUCUCCUGGCACCACACCCUGUGGUGGUCGUUGGUCGGUGCAGACAGACAUCCAUAAAAAGCCAGUUUUUUGGUUUUUGGUUUUGUUUUUUUUUUCCAAAAAAAAACCCUGACUCAGCAAGCGCCUGUGCUGCUUCUCCAUUUGUAAUUUGGAAAUUUCUCCCCCUCCUUUCCCCCCGUCGCUUUUUGUCUAACAAACUACAGCUCGACCCAGCGUUUCCCCUUUAUUUCUACUGUUUUCUAUGAUAUAAAUAUUUCCAUUUGAUAAUGCAUGUACCGGCUUUUUCCCCCUGCUGCUCUUUCCCACCCUGGUGCAUUGAGCACCGUGCCGGUGAUGGGGGGACCGUCCCCGGUUUGCCGACCCCCCCUGCCAUCGGGCAUCAUCGUGCCACCGCCACCGGGUGCGUUUCCUACCCCGAAGCAGCCGGCAGAUUUUUUGGCUGCAUGUUAGAUGAUGUUGUGCGUGUGCGGUUUGUGCCAGGCUCCGUAUUUUGCUUCUCCCACCAUGAAACCGGGGCCACUUAACCCCAAAAAAUGAGCAGCUGGAGCUGCUCGACAUUUCUUUUGCUUCUUCCUCCACCGUCUGUAUUAAGGUCUUGGGAAGGUUUGGGGGGGACACCGGGCACCCCUUGACCACCAGCACAGUGGGAAGCGGGGCUCAGCCGUGCAUUGGUGGUGCGAAUAUGGCGGGAAACGGGUUUUUUUUAAUGGAAAAUGUCUUAAAAGCCAAGGGGACCAUGUCUUCCUGCCCAGCGCCCAGCUCUGUUCUUACCUUUGGGAAGUUUUAUGUUGUAUUAAAAUUGUUCCUUGCGAUGA